UUGAUAAUGAAGGCUUAGGUUGCCUGUUUCUCGGCAUAAAUCCACCUCAGACUUGUAGGUUGACAGUGCUUCUGGUUUCAGCACGCAUGGAGAUAUAGAAUUGAAAUUGCUCUGCUUUCUUUACAAAUGACUCAGAGUGUGCUUGUCCUUCCCUAAAAUGUUGCCAGCGUGUAAAGGAUUUUCAAUGAGCAGUGCAAUAAGCCAGCAUCUGGGAAGAUUUGGAGCUGCACUGAUAUAGCGUGGUACUGUCACACAGAUAAUCGGGGCUGGAGCCAAGUUCCCCGUAGCCCCGUGCGUUACACUGGUCACAUCCUGGAAGUUUUGUUUAUCCAACUUGGUUGCUCUCAAAGCUGGUGAAAGCCCUGCCAGAAUGUGGAGUGGACUUCCUAGCAGAGGGUAAAUGGAAGCAGCUCUUCAACCAUGGUCCACCAACACGCUGAACUCUGAGUAGUACAUGCCACACUACUUCUCUUCCUGCUCUUGUGCGCACACCUACCCUGAUGAUGCAGCCUUCGCUGGAUAUCAAACCAUUUAUGUCUUUUCCAGUGGACAGUAGUUCUGCUGUUGGGCUCUUUCCAAAUUUUAACACUAAAAGAAGAGGCUUAUUUGGGACCAAUAAAUUCUUCCAGAUGGAUCCUGUGCAAAAAGCAGUUAUUAACCACACAUUUGGAGUGUCCAUUCCCCCAAAGAAGAAACAAGUUAUUUCUUGUAAUGUCUGUCAGCUUCGCUUUAACUCGGAUAGCCAGGCCGAGGCCCACUACAAAGGAAGUAAACAUGCCAAGAAGGUCAAAGCACUAGAGGCAACGAAAAAUAAACCCAAAAUGGUUUCUUCCAAGGACAGCGCAAAGGCUAAUCCCAGCUGCUCCAUCACUCCAAUCACAGGCAACAACUCUGACAAAUCAGAAGAGAAAGGAAAGUUAAAAGUCAACAGUUCCAGUCAGGCGUCAAGCUCUGAAGGUGGUUCAUUUCUCCUCAAACCUGGCACAACACCCCUGGCACCUGGAGCAGCCACUUCUCCCUCCAAGAGCACAAAUGGAGCUCCUAGUACCAUUUCUGAAUCAGAAGAAGAAAAAGCCAAAAAAUUACUUUAUUGUUCACUAUGCAAAGUGGCUGUGAACUCCCUGUCACAGCUGGAGGCACACAACACAGGAUCUAAACACAAGACCAUGGUCGAAGCUCGCAAUGGGGCUGGUCCAAUUAAGUCCUACCCUAGACCUGGAUCAAGAUUAAAGUUGCAGAAUGGCAGUAAGGGCUCAGGACUACAGAACAAGACAUUUCAUUGUGAAAUCUGUGAUGUUCACGUUAAUUCAGAAAUUCAACUCAAACAGCACAUUUCUAGCCGAAGGCAUAAGGAUCGAGUUGCGGGGAAACCAUUGAAGCCGAAAUACAGCCCUUACAACAAACUCCAGCGGAGCCCGAGCAUUUUAGCAGCAAAACUUGCAUUCCAGAAAGAUAUGAUGAAGCCUUUGGCCCCGGCCUUCCUGUCCUCGCCCCUGGCGGCAGCCGCGGCGGUGUCCUCUGCGCUGUCCUUGCCACCUCGGCCAUCGGCCUCGCUCUUCCAGGCCCCAGCCAUACCUCCGGCUCUGCUGAGGCCAGGCCACGGUCCCAUCCGCGCCACUCCCGCCUCCAUCCUCUUCGCUCCCUACUAGUGUCCGCAAGCCCCCAGUCGGUUGAGGCCAGUAGGAAAGUAGAGCAGGAAAGCCAAAAGGAUCCAGCAAUCUGAGCAUUUUGUGUUGCUGUGCCCCACCCAGCUGCCAAACGCAGCUUACCACCUGUGCCCCAACGCCAAAGAGUAAGUCACCAGAUUCAAGAGUGCGUUUAGGGGCCACCCCUGUCAUUUCAGGAUCUGAGCAGCACAAGCUUUAUCUCCCUCUUCCCUCCCUCUUCCCUACCCCAUCCAAUUUGUGUAUCUGAGGUAUUUGGUUUCUUGCAAAUGUAUUGGUCAGAAAAAUACAUAUAUAUACAUAGACAUAUAUAUCAUUCUCUGACUAUUUUUCCAUGGGUGUGAUCUGGCUCAGAAACAAUAUGGAAUAUUUUCCUGACAGACUUGAAAACUAGGGUCUUCCUCACACGUCUGUAAAUAAUCCUGGAAUCCAACUGGGCACAUUCUAGUGUGGAACAAAAUUAGAUGAACACAAGUGCAUACUUGUGGAUACCAUCUUACCAACGGAUCACAGCGUUUUCUCUUUGGUGUACUCUUGUUGACAGGGAUUGUGUACUGUUUAGACCCAAGUACUGUUGUAUCCUGUGUAGUACUAGAUCUGUAUCUCUUGUCUGAAUUAAACGUUUUUAGUUGCUGUGUAAAUGUUAGGAAGCAAAGUAGCUUUGAAUUUUCUCUUUAAGAGAACAAAAGAUAAAGUAAUGUAUUUUCUUUAUUUUACAUUUUAUUUGGUGAUAUUUAAACAAAAUAGAAAGCCAUAUAGCAUAGCUCUAAUUACUACCUGUCUGCUAUUUUUGUUUAACUUAUUUUGUAGCUUCCUCACCAAUUUUAGUUGCAAAGCAAAUGUAUACAAAUAGAAAAAGAGCUUCCUGAAUUGCACAUUUUUUUUUUUGCACCUCUUGCGCAUUCUGCAAGAAGACAAUGAACCAUGUAUUUCUACGUAAUGAUCUUCUUCAUUUUUAACCUGUUUUCAUUUGUAAUGAUGCUACAUAAUUUUGUGGCUCCCUAAUGCAAUAAUGUACAGAAGAUAAAAAAAUUUAUAAUUGAACAGUUUGUCUUUCUGUUCACUGAAGAUGUUGCAGGUCAUGCUUUCGUGCCCCCCCUUUCUAAGCUGAUAUCAACAAGACUAGAAUGUUGUGAUAUCAGGGGCAAGAGGUAUCAUAAGACAGCAAAAUAGAGUGCACUCUUUUAGAGCAUCUAUAUCUGCAAUCUGUAAAUGGUAAAAUGUCUGUGUAUUUUUUUAAAUGUACCUUUUCAAUAAAAGUA